AUGUAUUUUCAAUACACUAUAGGAGCCAUUUUUACUGUAAUAAUUUUGUGCGUUCAUUGUGAUAAUGUUGCUAAUUACAACGAAAGUAUGAAGAUUUACGUUCCGUCCGCACCGCAAAAUCUAACAGCAAACAGUGUGACAAGCGAAGUUAUCCACCUCUCGUGGACCCCGCCAACCACUUUCACCCUUCACGUGCGCUCCACAACAAACCCUGGCCUUGACAAUGACGACACAACCAAAAUUGAACCAGAUCUCACCGUCAUCGAGAAGACGAAACAAGAUACCCAAUCCGACGAACCGCUUGAUGACGUAAUUGAACCUCACGCCUCUUUAACCCAUGCUCCCAUAAGUCCAGAAAAACUUGACGAUUCACCCUACAAUUGGUACAAGAAUGACAAACAGAAAUAUAAUGACGGGUACUCCAAUUCCGAUAUUUUGUUUGACAAAGCGUACAGAAGCAAAAGAGAGAGACGCUCUCAUAGACACAGAAAAAGAAGACAGGAUAGCAAUUCAACGGACUCGAACAUAUUACAUCUGGAGAAAGUUCUUGAAGACACGCAUCAAGCUUUCGAGGUUCCAAAAGAGGUGGUGAAGAAAGCCUCAUCGAAUAUUCUGCAUAAGGAUUUUACGCAAAUCGCUUACGUUCUGUACUAUGAGGAAGGGGUCCCAAAAUACAAUGCUGCGUCAGUAAUUGGCGUUCAGACAUCUUCCGAUGUAAAGAGAAACAACGUGUUUCCCAGUGACUUGGGCAUGGAGAGCUAUUCCAAAGCAACGAGAAACUUAACGUUGCUUAACAAUUCGGGAGUGCUUACUAAAGCCGUCGGUUUCAGGCUAAAGGAUUUGAAACCGUUCACACCUUACAAGAUCUGGGUCCGUGCAUUUUAUAAAUUCUUCUCGCUAAGUGGUGUCAGUUCUUCUGACUUGUUAGAUCGUCUAGGCCCAAAGUCAGAACCGCUCUAUGUAUUGACUGAUGUAAGGCCACCGUCUGCACCCAUAAUACUAAACUUCACCUGUGAUCAACCUAAUGGAUUACUUUACAUACAAUGGCGUCAACCCCUGGAGUACAACAACUCGUUGGACCAGUAUGUGGUGACACUUAGGAAAAUACCAGAACAACAGCCGCGUACAAGACUGACAAUGCCUACCAACAAGACCGACAUAGAUACCGCUAUUAGUGUGACGGUGGAACUUUGGAACGUUACGCGUUAUGAGGUCAAGAUCUAUGCCGUCACUCUGUCAGUAGCAAAUCCCAACACGCUUAUAAACGGAUCGGAAUCCCCUCCUGAGGAAAUUUCAAGUGAGUCGUGCAUCGCGCACUCGGCAGCAAUGUCGCCGAGUGAAGGCUCUCUGAGUGCCCGCAACGUCGGCACCGCCGCUCUACUGGCCGUCUCGUUGCUGGUUAUCCUGGCUGCCAUCGGGGCUGCCGUUCUCUACUGGAGAUGCAGAUCACGUUUGAGUAAAUGCAUCAGUGCGGCUUACAACUAUCUCGAGGAAGGUGGCGAGAGAGCUGCGAGGGCGCCUUUGAAUGUUUAUAAGAAACCUGUGUGCUCGCCGCUGCGUGCGGGUGCGGGCAGCGUGUGCGGCGCGGGCGCGGCGGCGGGCGCGGGGGAGGAGGCGGAGGCGGCGCGGCCGCCGCGCAUGGCCGGCCCCGAGCGGCCGCCGCUGCGCGCGCGCGCCUUCGUGCGCCACGUCGCCGCGCUGCACGCCGACGGCGACAUCGGCUUCAGCAAGGAGUAUGAAAUCGUAGUGGCGAAAUCGGCUGCUCUGGGUCACACUAGUCAUCACAGCUAUCGACCGGAGAACAGAUUGAAAAAUCGAUACCUUAACAUCACAGCUUAUGACCACUCGCGCGUGUGCGUGUCGGCGGGCGCGCGGUGUGGCGCGGCGGGGUGUGUGGGCGCGGGGCGCGGCGCCGCCUGCGACUACGUGAAUGCGAACUUCAUCGACGGCAUGCUGCCCGCGCUCGACUCGCGUGCAGAGCGCCGCCUCGAGCGCAAGCUGCAGCGCCGCGCCCGCCCGCAGCGAGCGCCGCCUCGAGCGCAAGCUGCAGCGCCGCGCCCGCCCGCAGCGGUACGUACACACGUACACACGUACACAUGCACGCACACACACGUGAACGCGAACUUCAUCGACGGCAUGCUGCCCGCGCUCGACUCGCGUGCAGAGCGCCGCCUCGAGCGCAAGCUGCAGCGCCGCGCCCGCCCGCAGCGGCAGCCAUCAAUAAAACAAUCCAAACCACCGCCCAACCUAGCGGAAGGAAUCGAAUCCGCAUUCCUUAACAUCGAGUUCUCCGGCAUCGUGGAAUCGGAAGAACAACCCGAAGACUCUGACAGCGACCGAAGCGACGAUGACAGUGAACUGGACGACGUUUAUGUUAAUAUAAACGGGAGUCCGCGGCGCGUGAAGCUGGAGUGGCUGGUGUGGCGGCGCCGCUACAUCGCCACGCAGGGCCCCACGCCGGCCACGCUCGACGCCUUCUGGCGUAUGAUCUGGCAGCACCGCGUGCACACCGUCGUCAUGAUCACCAACCUCGUGGAGCGCGGACGCCGUAAGUGCGACAUGUACUGGCCAGCGGGCGGGCGCGGCAGCUCGGCCGAGUUCGGCGGCGUUCAUGUGACGCUGCUUCACGAGGACGUGCGCGCCGCCUACACCGUGCGUCGCCUGCGCGCGCGCCCGCUUCACAAGAACUGCGAAGGAAGUGACGAGAACGAUACAUCAGAUAGUGAACGCAUCAUACUACAGUACCACUAUACGGUGUGGCCAGACCACGGAACACCUCGACAUCCGCUUGCUGUGUUACCCUUCGUGAAGGCUGCCUCCGCCGACCCUGGAACUGUGCUCGUUCACUGCAGUGCUGGAGUUGGACGCACAGGCACAUACAUAGUACUAGACGCACAGCUUAACCAAUUGAAACUGACCGGCACACUGUCUCCUCUCGGUUUUCUAUGCCGCGCCCGAACCCAAAGAAAUCACUUAGUCCAAACUGAAGAACAGUACGUAUUUGUGCACGAUGCCUUGCUCGAGCACGUCCGUUCGGGGAACACCGAAGUGGAAUUUUCAAAGGCCAGAGAAUACCUGGCGAAGCUUCUGGAAGACAUAUCAGAGGAGGAGUUAGCUGUUAUGGACAUCAAUCCACCCAGGCCGAAGAGUAUUAAUGAAAUGAACGGUGAAACAUCCAGUAUCAAAUCAAGUCAGAAUAUCAGCGAGAAAGAGUUAGCAGAAAACGGAAGCCAAGUAUCGAUAAAAACGGACGAAUUGAACAGUGAACUAAGCAAGUCAUCGGCAAGGGAUUCGGAUACUCAACAAGAAGAUCAAAAGGAAGUCUUAGUGAAUGGGGAUGACUCCGAAGGAGUGUACGAUUUAGCUCCCCGGUCUACUGACACAUACAGCAAGAAGAUGCAAGCAUACAAUAACAUGAAUGAACAAGAGAAAGAAGAAAUGAGAAGAGCAAACCGAGCCGAAAACUAUGCGUUAUUGGAACGAAUGCGGUCACUUGCGAAUCGAAACAAUGUAUACCAAGGACCUCCACCAGUGAAUUUGCUAGAAAAACAAUUCCAGUUAAUAACGCGCUCAUGCGUGGAGCCAAGCGUAUGCGCGCGUGCACCUCACAACGCUGAUAAGAACCGGCCCGGUGGCAUCCUGCCUUCAGACUCGGCGAGAGUCAUGCUCGUUCCCAAGCCCGGCGUGGAAGGCAGCGAGUACGUGAACGCGUCGUGGGUGUGCGGGCGGCGGCGCACGCGCGAGUUCGCGGUGGCGCAGCUGCCGAGCGCGCGCGCCGCGCCCGACCUGUGGCGCCUGCUGUGGGACCACACGGCGCAGCUCGUGCUGCUGCUGCACGACCCGCGCGACCCGGAAUGCGAAGUUUUCUGGCCAACGGAAGAAGAAAAAGAACUAUUUGUAGCCAACUUCAGAGCAAGCUUCGUAUCGAAAGAUAUUUAUGUCGCCCAUAGAAAGAUGGACCGAAAAUCCCCACCAGCAACCCCUGCGGAGCGUGAAAUGAAUGGCUACAGGCGGCAGGAGAGUAGUGAUUGCGCGGAUGACGAGCGGCUGAUCCCCGAAAACUGCUCCCCAGCGACAGAUACGGAACCAGCGUAUCGAUUCGAUAGAACAGAACUAAGGUUGGAGAGACUUAGCACCGGCAGCAGGGACUUGUCCGCUCGUAAAUCGAUAGCGAACGGCGAUCUUUUCUCAUCCCUUUCAGAGAAGAAGAACGGACCGAAAUCUCCAAAGAGCCCUUCAAAGAUGUCGCUGAAGAAUUUCAAACUGAGUUCUCCCACGAAGUUCAAGUUCCCCGACUGGGGUUCGAGAAUAGCCGGUUCCCCACCAGAUACAGCACCUCCCCCUCCACCGGUCGAACCCGCUCUCACCGUAGAAGAGGAAACAGAGCUACAUAGACCUUGCUACAUGUUCGAGAAGGUUACCGAAGUGCCGGAUCACGUUCCAUCCGAUAGGGUUAUAGAAGUUACUAAUGUCAGUGUGCAUUCGUUGCAAGAUGACUACCAGCUAAGUGUUAAGUUUAUAAAGUGCAGUAAUUGGUUGGACGGUGAUACGACAAUGUAUACGGCAGGGAAACCGGAUGAUAAUGAGUUUAUUAGAACAGUGCGGCAAACUUGUGGGAGCGAGAGGGAACAGGCGCUAGAUAGGCUUAUAGAGCCCUAUAAAGACUCUUUUGGUCUAAUAGAGUUUGUUGCCGGCUGUCAGAUGGAGUACAAGAAUGGACCUGUUGUUGUUGUCGACAAAUAUGGCGGGUGGAAGGCGCUCAGCUUCUGCGCACUGAGCGCGGCGUGUGGUGGGCAGGGCGGCGCGCAGGGCGGCGCGCAGGGCGGCGCGCAGGGCGGCGAGGCGGCCGAGCUGUACUGCAGCUGGGCGCUCUCUGCGCACGCACGCUGUGCCGCCGGACCGCACUCCCCCCACUCUACCGCAUCCCCCACCUCCCCACAUUCUUCAAACUCAUCGCACUCGGCAAAGCAUGGUGCAAGUCCAAGCCCACACUCGCCGUCUGCAUUGUUAGCAACGUACUGCGCGCUCGCCGCGUACGGCCCGAUGUUAGGCGCACGCAACAGCUGA